UCACCCCCAAUCCUCCUCCUCCUUUUUCCCCCCGCUUUCUCUUCAAUCAAAUCCUCAAACCCACUCGAGUUUUCUAAUCCAAUCUCUAUUCAAAACCUAGUGUUCAAAUGCCAUAGCUCUCUUUUUUUUCCUUCUAUUUUUAACAUUUUAUUUUAUUUUAUUUUAUAUAUAUCUUACUCGAUAAAAUAAUCAAAGCAAAAGCAGCUUUAAAUCUUUCUGACACUAUUUUUUUAUUACUUUUUCUUUCUUGUUUCCAAUUUCUUUUUAUGUUGUUGUAGUAACCAUGGCUAGUUUAGAUUUAGCAAAUGCUUCUCAUUAUACCCAUCACCAAUUCCACCCCUUCGAAACAAAUCCUGAAAACGAAGAACACAACGAUGACAACGGCGGCAGCCACCGCUCCGAUGAUAUGGUCACUCGUCGCCCAAGAGGCCGACCACCCGGUUCCAAAAACAAGCCCAAACCACCGGUAAUUAUAAGCCGAGAGCGCGCGAACACGCUCCGAGCUCAUAUUCUCGAGGUCAGCAAUGGCUGCGACGUGUUUGACUCCGUAGCCAUCUAUGCCCGCCGCCGGCACCUUGGGAUCUGUGUUUUGGGCGGGAGUGGGACCGUCACGAACGUGAGUCUCCGGCAGCCAGCCAUGGCGGCGGGUGGUGGUCCGGUGGUAAGGUUACAUGGGACGUUUGAGAUUCUGUCGUUGACGGGGUCGUUCUUGCCACCGCCGGCUCCGCCGGGAGCGACGAGCUUAACGGUGUUUUUGGGGGGAGGGCAGGGACAGGUGGUGGGAGGGAGCGUGGUGGGAGAGCUCGUGGCGGCGGGGCCCGUGGUUGUGAUUGCGGCGUCGUUUAGUAAUGUUGCCUAUGAGAGACUGCCGUUGGAUGAGGAGGACGAGGAGGAGGCGGCGGUUCGGAUUCAGCCGCCGGUGUCAGAGGUUUCCAGCGGUGGCGGCGGUGGUGGAUUUCUUGACCCAUCUUGUGGUCUUCCUUUCUUGAAUUUGCCUAUGGCUAAUAAUUGUCAGUUACCAGUUGAUAACUGGGUGGAAAACUCAGCUCGCUUGAUGAAUCGAUAAUGUUAUGACGAUCACAUUUGUUUAUGAUUCGAUCUUCGCAACAUCUCUGACUUGGGUGAAAUACGCUUCUUUCUUCGAAUCACAAAAAGGGCUCUUUGCUCAAGCGCAACAUUGGUUGCUCGAGCGGAUCCCUUGGUCUGCAAAAAUACUGGUUGCUUGCAUUCUACGCUCGAGCAGCAACUUCUCCGCUCGAGUGAUGAAGUUGAUUUAUGUGUUUUCUAGAAUGUUGUUUGUGCUUCAAAACAUAACUUUAAAUGAUGCAACUUACAUGUUUCGUCCUA